AUGCCUGCCUUUUCUCGUCUAGUCCGCUUUCUUGCCAGAGAUGGCCGCACAUACUACGGCGAUGCUAUCCUCCCAAGAGGGGUCACAGACAUGGCCAAAACCAGGCGAGCUCGCAUUGUCACUGGUGAUAUAUUUGGACAGCAUCAAGUCACAGACCAAGUGGCUGACAUCCGCCUCUUGCUACAACCCUUGGAUCCCGCCCACGUCAAGACCGUCCGAUGUCUUGGCUUGAACUACGCCGACCACGCCGAAGAGACGAAUAUGCCCCAGCCCCAAUAUCCAAUCCUUUUCUACAAGCCGGCCACAUCGCUCUCCGGCCCAUCUGACCCAAUUCCGGUUCCGGAUGUGGCCCAGGAAGGCGCCGGCUUGGAUUACGAGUGUGAGCUGGUAAUAGUCAUCGGAAAGAGAGCCGUCGACGUUUCCGAGUCAGAGGCUCUCGAUUAUAUUCUUGGAUAUUCCGUCGGCAACGACGUUUCACAUCGAGACUGGCAGAUCAAGCGAGGGGGAGGCCAGUGGUCUCACGGCAAGGGGUUCGACGGCUGGGCACCGUAUGGACCAGGCAUUGUCACUACUGACCUCAUCAAGGAUCCUCACCAGUUGAGGAUUUGGACCAAGGUGAAUGGCGAAACCCGCCAGAAUGGAACGACUGCGGAUCUCAUCUUUGGAGUAAAGAAGACCAUCUCGCUACUGAGUCGUGGCGUGACCCUUCUGCCGGGAGACGUCAUUUUCACAGGAACGCAAGUGACUUUUCCUGUUGGCACCAGAUGCACCAUUGAAUCAUUCGUCUGA